UUCUUUUGGCUUCUCCAUCAACCCUAGCAAGAACUACUACAAUUGCUGGUUUUUCUUUCUCUCUCGCUGCGGAGCAAGAAAAAAUGAGCAACAUAAGCAUGGUGGAGUCGCAAUUGCCACCGGGUUUUCGGUUUCAUCCGAGAGACGAAGAACUUGUUUGUGAUUAUUUGAUGAAGAAGAUAACAAAAAGUACCAUUCAACAUAAUUCUGGCUCUCCCCCAGCUCCUCUAAUGAUAGAAGUUGAUCUCAACAAGAUUGAACCUUGGGAAAUUCCAGAAAUGGCAUGUGUGGGAGGCAAAGAAUGGUAUUUCUACAGUCAGCGUGAUCGAAAAUACGCGACUGGCUCAAGGACUAAUCGUGCGACGGCGUCCGGGUAUUGGAAGGCAACCGGAAAAGACCGGCCGGUGCACUGGAAAGGCGCCAUGGUCGGUAUGAGAAAGACCCUAGUGUUUUACCAAGGUAGAGCUCCAAAAGGAAGAAAAACUGAUUGGGUCAUGCAUGAGUACCGCCUUGAAGGGCUUUUCGGUCAAGUUCCUCUUAACAAGGAAGAUUGGGUCUUAUGUAAGGUGUUCUAUAAAAGUAGGGAAGCUGGAGCUGCCAAACCAAGCAUGGGAAGCAGCUGUAAUGAUCAUCAGGACACAGCCUCUUCAUCUCUACCUCCAUUAAUGGACUCUAAUUACAUCACUUUUGACCAAACCCUAAACAACAACAACAACAAUUUGUUUCAUCAUCAUCACCACCAUGAGCAAGUGCCCUGCUUCUCCAUUUUCUCCCAAAAUCAAUUCACAACCAAGAAUAUCAUGACCACAUUUGGACAGCUACCUUCAACUACUACUACUUGUUGUUUAGACCAUAAUUUCUCUGGUGGUGACAAAAAAUCCAUAGAAGGUUUCUUGAGUCAACUUACUAAGAUGGAAAACAAAGGAUCACCAAGUCUUGGAGAAAUUAGUACUACUUCAGAGAGCUACUUGUCUGAAAUGGGUAUCUCAGACAUAUGGAAUCAUUAUUGAUAUUUAUUAAUCGGCACCCACAAACCCUAGAUUUUACAGUAAAGUUGUUUUACUGCAAUCUAGAGGUCAUGAGUUCAAUUUCAUUUCACAAUCUCUCUUCGUGCCUGUUGGAGUAAGACUGCGUGUGUCUUGUCAUCUUCUAAUCCUGUUUCUACUGUAUGAGACUCUUGUGUACUGAAAUUAUUUGUCUAUAUUUACCCUUUUUGUUUAUAUUGUGGCUCAAAUAUAUACAAAGUUUUGAGCCGAUGUAGAAAGUGUACUUAUAAGUAAUUAGUAUCAAAUUGUUGGUACCUUGAAGGUAUAAUUUUAGGAUUGAAUA